UUUCCGGGUGUUUCGUUUCCCGGAGGCUAACAUGAACCCCAGUGCGCAGAAUCGUGACUGUGUUCAGUUAGCAGAGCUAGUUGGAGCGCCGUCCUUCGUGUUUUCUCGGGUUUUUGUCCACGGAGCAGCGGCGGGAGAGUUAAUAAAGCUGUAAGACAGAAACGACAGCAGUUGGUGAACUCUGGAAAGAAGAGAAACGGUUUGAGGCUCAGCUGGAACUGCUCAGUAACUGUUAAAGGAAAGUUUGGAGAGAGAAAAGCUAGCAGAGAUGUGGAGACAGCAGGUCAAACAGCGACUGGAUGCAGCAGAGGAGCAGAGACACGAAAUACUGGAUGCUGCUUUCAGCCCCGAACAUCCCGAUGUUCAGCUGAUGCUGCUGGUGGAGGAAGAUCCUCCUGAAGACCAGAGUUCUGAUGCGGACCAGCCGGAUCCGGAAGCCAUCUGCAUUAAGCAGGAACAGGAAGAGCUGUGGAGCAGCCUGGAGGAGGAGGAGGAGGAGCUCCCUCCCUCUGAAGACGCGUUCCCUUUAAAUAUAGUCAUUGUGAAGGGUGAGAACGACGAAGACGACGAUGAAGAGAAACCUUUGUUCUCACAUCAUCAAGCAGAAGAUGAUCUUCCAAGCAGCUCAGCUGACCAAACGAAGGCAGAAAGUGAUGAAGAGGACGGUGAAGUAGCAGGGUCCAGCAGAAGGUUUGACCACAGCAUCCACAGAGACGCUCUGAACUCUUCUGAGACCGAGGAAAGUGAGGAGUACGACGGAUCGAAGCGCAGCGAAGCUGACCUGAAGCCCUUAUCGGGUUCUGAGUCCGGAGCCGAAGACGACUGGACUCCUCCGGGAAACAAGACCUUGAGCUGCUCCGAGUGCAGCAACCAGUUCGCCAGCAAGCGCUCCCUCCAGAGACACAUGACGGGUCAUUCCAUCAUUCGUUCUCUGAACUGCAACGAGAAGCGGAAGCAGAAAGACAUCAGUUCACCAAGUAAAGAUCAAACUGCACUGAAAUAUUUUAGUUGUGACUGUGGGAAAAGUUUCACCAGGAGAACCGAUCUGAAGAUCCACAUGAGGAUCCACACUGGAGAGAAACCCUUCUGCUGCGACGUCUGUGGUCAGAGGUUCAACCAGCAGGCCCAUCUGAACCAGCACACCAGAAUCCACACUGGAGACAAACCAUUCUGUUGUGACGUCUGUGGGAAAAGAUUCAGCCAGAAGGCGCAUCUGAAUCGGCACACAGUGAGCCACUCAGGGGAAAAACCCUUUGAGUGUGACGUGUGUGGGCAGAGAUACAGCCAACAGGCCAACCUGAACAAGCACAGGAGGAGCCACACUGGGGAGAAACCCUUCGGAUGUGAUCUGUGCGGACAGCGGUUCAGCCACAAGGAGUCGCACAAAAUCCACAUGAGGCUGCAUUCAGGAGAGAAACCGUUUGGCUGUGAUGUUUGUGGACAAAGGUUCAGCCACAAGGAGUCCCUGAAGAUCCAUAUGAGGACACAUACAGGGAUGAAGCCGUUCGCCUGCGAAGUGUGCGGACAAAGGUUUGGCUACAAGUCCAACUUAAAAAUACACAUGAGGCUCCACACGGGUGAGAAACCGUUUUCCUGUGAUUUUUGUGGACAAAGAUUCAUCCAGAAAGGAAAUCUGGACAAACACACAAGAGUCCAUGUUGAAGGGAGGGGCGUCUUACUCUGAGCAGCAGAGCAGACAGGCUGAUUAUGACCGCAGGGCGGCUUUGAUAGUUUGUUUUAGACGAUGUAUUGUUCUUGAAUCGAUAUUUAUUUCUGUUAAUAAAAUGUCCUAAAAUUAGUACUUUGAUUUAUGUUUUAGUUGACAGCUAAUAUAAGUUUGAGACAUUACUGACAAUAAACCAAUAGUUAGUUUUAUGAGAGGCGUGUUCGGGAUGUGGCGGUGAGUGGAGUGAUGAAUGUAACUCAGAAUAAAUAAAAACAUUCUGAAUUAAAUAAGAGUCCUAAAAACUGAAACAUCUGAACAUUCAGCCGAAAGAACAUGAUUCUAGUCCAUUUGCAUCUGAACUGGUCUGAGUGGAAAAGCCUGCAGCGUGUUGGAUAAUGGCUGGAUGGUGGCGCUAAUCAGCCUUUGCUUUGUUCAUGUCACCAAUUGGCAACUGUAGCAGACAAUGUUCUGUUUGCGUUUUUUUGGCACUGAUGUUCCUGAUACACAUGAACGUAACGUCUGCUAUUUUGGCUAGCAGAGCUGAUGUCAACUGGUUGCCAUGGCAACAGGUGUGCGGUGAAGCCAAUACAUUUAGAAAAAUAAAUUAAGUGGUUUUGAGUUCU